AUGGAUUUGGCCCGCUUCCCUCGAGAGCUGGAGCGAGCUAUCCUCGAAGCUGCUGCCGACUCUGACUCGAAUUUUAUUCCCACUCUCCUGCUCGUCGCUCACCGAGCACAUGUCUGGCUGGAACCGCUUCUCUACCGACAAGUUCAUAUCAGCAUGAAUUGCAGGUGGAAAAGGGCUCAGGACGCGUUCUUCCGCAUAGCUACCACAAGGCCGCCGUCUUUUCUGGCCAAAAGCGUGCGCGUGAUGACUCUCGAGUUUCAUGAUGGGACGACAGUUGCUACUCAAGAUCUCCUCGACCGCGUCUAUCCCGCCCUCCUCUUAUGCACGGGUGUGCAGGAAGUCGCCGUCAAUGGUUCAGAGGAGAUGAAAAUUGGGCCGACAUUAUUGCCCCUGCUUUCCGCUAUGCCCCUGCGUCGCCUCGGUGUGUUCUUCGAAGAUCUAAUGCCCCACCCAAUCCCCAUGGAAGGUCAUGCGACAGCAUUCUCCGCUCUCACACAUCUUGAUGUGUACGACAACGAAGAACAGAACAUUCACUCUCGCGACCUCUCCCGUAUCAUUCCCUUUUUGGCGGCACUUCCCAACUUGACACACCUGGCCGUUAACAUCCUUUUGGACCUCCCCGUGGUCAAACGGAUUUUGGACGGCUGCUCCCGGCUCCAAAUACUGGCAUUUCUUAUUCCAGCGCUUGAUUACGAGCUCUCGACAUUCAUGGACGGUGUCCAACGUAUUGCAGAGUCAUCCGGCGACCCGCGGAUUUUCGGGACGACAUACAAGAGCUGGACGGAGGUUUUUUCCACGACACAGUUUUCAUUUUGGAGAGCUAUCGACAUUCUUGUUGACCAGAAGAGAAAUGGUCUCGUCGAUCGUAAUCAUGCUUCAACGGGUGAUAUCUAUAACAAGGACACUCAGGAUGCCGUGGCCAAGCAGAUUAGAGCACUCUUUUGA